UAAAGUCAACCUCAUCUCAUCAUUUGGUCUUGGUUCUUUUAGGCACAAUCUCAUCAUAAUUUUUCAGUGUCUUUUUUCUCCUUUUAUUUUGUCCCGUUCGAUCCGAUUUCAAUAUUGUUAUAUAUAAGUAAAACUUUGUCAUCAAUUUUUGUUCAUUGGGAACUUAAUUAAGUAGCAAUGAAGGUGCAUCAGCUUGCACGUGGAUUCUGGGAGUUGCAGGAACAACCAUUCCUCACGCUUGGGUACAAGCGUUUGCGUCCUCUUGCUCCCAAAUUGCCCAAUAGUGGAGACAUAUGUCACGAUAGGCCGAAUCAGAACAAAAUACUUGGUGUCAGCAUUACUGAACCAUUCGAUCUCAAGAGUUUCAUUAGACCUGAAACCGGCCGUAGAAAUAUAGAAUCCUUGGAUGAUCACAAGAGAGUAUCAGCUCAGGUGGAGACAAACCCUGGUGGGACAAGAUGGAAUCCAACGCAAGAACAGAUAGGGCUAUUGGAGAGGCUGUAUAGAGGGGGAAUGCGUACGCCGAAUGCACAACAGAUUGAACAAAUUACUGAGCAGCUGGCAAAGUAUGGAAAAAUAGAGGGGAAGAAUGUGUUUUACUGGUUUCAAAACCACAAAGCACGCGAGCGACAGAAGCAGAAGCGGAGUAGUCUAGGACUUAGCCAUUGUGCAAGAAAACCACCUUCUAUAAUCGACACCUCUUCCAUCCCAAUAACAGCGGGAGACAUGGGGAGGGAAGAGAGUCCUGGCAAGAGAAAAUGCAGACCAUGGAAAUUUGAAUGCCUGGAAAAGGGUAAGGAAUACUGUAAAGAGGAAGAAGAUAGGACUCUGAAACUCUUUCCUUUGCAUCCUGAAGGAAGAUGAAGGGAUUUUCAUGUGAAUACAUUUUUAUUUCUUGCUUUUUUCUUUCUAUGUUUCUAGGAAGAAGAAAGUUAAGUUGUAUCCCCCAAGUCCUCAUCCAGGUUGUCCCAACUGUUGAACCGCUUUAUUUAAAAUUUAAAUUUAACUUUUAAUCGAAAAUCCGAAA